UUAUACCCAGGCCCAAUAAUGCUAUCUAAGUAGUAACUAACAAUAAAAGCGACAAGUAUAAAACCCUUCCACAAACAAUUAAUCUAGGGUUUCUAGAGUUCUUCCCCAAAUCGCCGUUUCAGCUCUCACUAGUCGGAGAAAACCAAAAAAAAAUGGCCUCAAGAAUUAAGCCACAUGAGUUGAGACAGAAAUCCAAGGCUGAGUUGUUCAAUCAAUUGAAGGAUUUGAAGGCUGAACUUGCUCUUCUUCGUGUUGCUAAAGUUACUGGUGGUGCUCCUAACAAACUAUCUAAAAUUAAGGUAGUGAGGUUGGGGAUUGCGCAAGUGUUGACUGUGAUUUCACAAACUCAGAAGGAGAAACUGAGAGAGGUUUACAAGAAGAAGAAGUAUUUACCUCUUGAUCUCCGUCCUAAGAAGACGAGAGCCAUUCGUCGUCGUCUUACCAAGCAUCAGGCAUCACUGAAGACACUGAGGGAGAAAAAGAAAGAGAUGUACUAUCCGAUGAGGAAGUAUGCCAUCAAGGUGUAGGCUAGAAAUACACAUUUGUAGGACAUUUGUUUCUUUCGAACUUAUCUAUUAUGGUAAUUUUGUUCCAAGGUUACUCAAGUUUUUUGGAUGAUGAGCAUUGCAAUUUUAAUCUUUUAGUCGAUGACUGCACUAUUUUUGUCAA